AUGCUUCGCGAAUUUUAGUAUUAUUGAAAUCCUGCUGACACAUGCGAUGGCGUCAACCGGCUCAGUGAAAGAUGCGACUAAAUAUCUUGCUACCCAGCAGGCCGAGUCUCCUCCGGAGUUGGCCGCCGAAUGGGCGAAUCUUGAGGAACUCUACAACAAAAAACUGUGGCACCAAAUCACCCUUAAGCUGGGCACAUUCGUCAAACACCCUUUUCUUCAAUCAGGAGACAAACUCAUCCAGCUCUACAGCAACUUCAUCCAAGGCUUUGAAAACAAAAUAAAUCCACUAGCUCUGGUUGAGAUCAUUGCGAUCGUUGUGCAGCAGUACGAGAACUCAAAGGAUGCAGUGGCAUUUUUGCAGCAGACGGAGCCUAAAGUGCAGUCCUGUGCAGAGGCAGUGGCCUUGUGCAAAGUUCUUGCUGGAAGCAUUUUGUUAAACAAGCUCGAGGAUCAGGCUGGCACAAAAAAAGUCAUCGACGAGGUUGGAAAGCUUCUGGACGAUGAGGACGGUGUGACUCCAGUGCAUGGCCGCUACUAUCAGUUGGCUAGCGAUUUGUACAGACUGCAGAGCAACUAUGCCGAGUACUACAGAGCCUCAUUGCGUUAUCUCGGCUGCUCCGAACUUGAUACCCUGUCUUCCGAGGACAAAAUCAACAUAGCUGCGUUUCUCGGACUUGCUGCUCUCCUUGGAGAAGGAGUCUAUAAUUUUGGAGAAUUGCUUGCCCACCCUGUUCUUGAGUCAUUGGAGGGCACCCCUGCAGUUUGGAUUAAGCAAUUGCUGAUUGCGUUCAACCAAGGUGACAUUGCCAAGUUUGAGCAGAUGAGGCCUAGUUGGGAAUCAAUGGGCGAUCUCGUAGCACAUGAGAAGCAGCUACGUGAGAAAAUCACCCUCCUCUGUCUCAUGGAGAUGACCUUCAAACGUCCAUCAAACAAUCGAAUUCUGACGUUUGCCGAGAUCGCCAAAGAAACUCAGCUCCCUGUUACUGACGUUGAGUUUUUGGUCAUGAAGGCGCUGUCUCUCAAUUUGGUCAAAGGUGCGAUUGACCAAGUCUCCCAAAAUGUGCACAUGACCUGGGUGCAACCUAGAGUCCUUGACAAAAAUCAGAUCAACGGAAUGAUUCAGCGCCUCAACGCUUGGUGCAACGACGUCAAGUUGAUGGAAAAUCUUAUGGAAGAAAAGGCUCAUGAAAUUCUCACUCUUUAGUUUAAAAGUAUUUGUUUUUGCUUAUUCUUGUAAAUUAAUUUAAUAAAGAUACAAUUCAAACUUA